AUGGAACAAUCUAAUAAGGAGCACCGAAAGAAGAAGGAGAAGUCCACUGCUAAAAAGAAGCUGCAUACCCAGGGUCACAAUGCCAAGGCCUUCGCAGUUGCAGCGCCCGGUAAGAUGGCCAGGACAAUGCAGCGUUCCAGUGACGUGAACGAACGUAAAUUGCAUGUGCCAAUGGUUGAUCGUACCCCAGAAGAUGAUCCUCCACCAGUUAUUGUGGCGGUUGUAGGUCCUCCAGGUACAGGAAAGACCACUUUGAUAAAGUCUUUAGUUAGAAGAAUGACAAAAACGACUUUGACAGAAGUCAACGGACCAAUUACCGUGGUGUCUGGUAAACGAAGGAGGCUUACAUUCAUCGAAUGUCCUGCUGAUGAUUUGAACUCUAUGGUUGACGUAUCAAAGGUCGCGGAUUUAGUGCUACUAAUGAUUGAUGGAAAUUUUGGAUUUGAAAUGGAAACGAUGGAAUUUCUAAAUCUAGCUCAACACCACGGUAUGCCUCGUGUCCUAGGUGUUGCAACACACCUGGACCUGUUCAAAUCACAGUCAACUCUAAGGGCUUCGAAGAAGAGAUUAAAACAUAGGUUCUGGACUGAAGUAUAUCAAGGUGCGAAGCUAUUUUACCUAUCCGGUGUAAUAAAUGGCCGCUAUCCUGAUCGUGAGAUACUUAACUUAUCUCGAUUUAUCUCAGUUAUGAAAUUCAGGCCCUUAAAGUGGAGAAAUGAGCAUCCUUAUCUUCUAGCUGACCGUAUUCUUGAUGUGACGCAUCCUGAACUAAUUGAAACGCAAGGCAAGCAAAUCGACAGAAAAGUUGCAAUAUAUGGAUACCUCCAUGGCACUUCUCUUUCCUCAGUGAGGGGUACUAAAGUCCACCUCGCAGGUGUAGGUGAUUACUCCAUUUCGCACAUCGAGAAACUACCUGAUCCCUGCCCAACACCCUACUUUCAACAAAAGAUAGACGAUUAUGAAAGGGAAAAGGCAAAAGAAGAAGGAUCCACUUCUGCAGUACCCAGAAGGCGUAAGAGGCUGGAUGACAAGCAGAAACUUAUCUACGCCCCUAUGUCCGACGUCGGUGGUAUGCUCAUGGACAAAGACGCUGUGUAUAUUGACACAGGUAACUCGAAAACCGGAGCAUCAGGCUCUACUACGCAAGACAAAGGCGAGAGCGAAGAAUUAGUUUCGUCUUUGCAGGCUGCCCAAAAGAGCAUUGGCGAAAACUAUGAUGGUGUUGGUUUGCAGAUCUUUAGUAGCGGCCAAGAGCUUCAUGUUGACGACUCCGACCAUGAUAGCGAUGAAAAUGUAAGCGAUCCUGACGUUGGGAAAAUAGGAAGAUCUUCGCUCAGGAAUCCCAGGAUAUAUGGCAAGUCUAUCCAAGAGGAAGACGAAGAAAUAGAUAAUCUACAGUCUGAUGAUGAAGAACCAGAUGGGAGAUCCGAGGGUCGUUCGUCUCAUAUGGUUGAAAUUGAUUUCGGUAAGGAUAAUGGAGAUGAACCAAUUCUCGAAACUGAAUCAGAAUUCGAACUUUCGGAUCAUGAUGAAGAAUCCUGGAACAGAAAUACUGCGGCAAAGUUGAAUGGAAGGUCACGUAGGCCAAAGAAGUGGGAUAUUGGAAAGUUGAUAUACAUGGACAAUAUCGAUCCUUCAGAUUGCAUUAAAAGAUGGAAGGGGGAAGACUCUCACGAUGAAAAUGAGUUGAGCGAUGAGGAUGCGGAAGGAGAGGACUUUUUCAAAAAAAAGGAUGAGGCUGAUUUCAAAUUAGAUAAAUUUGAUUCUGACCUCGAGAAGUUCAAACCUCAUUUCGAGACAAUCAAGCAACUGAUAACAAAAUGGAGUACGGUAGAUACGAUCAAAGAUCGAUUCGUAGGUACCCCAAUAGCUCGUUCUGGAGAUUCAGAGGCUCCUGAAGGAGAUGACUCUGAUGAAUUAUACGGCGAUUUCGAAGAUCUAGAGGCAAACGACAAUCGUGAUGAAGUUCACAAUUCCUCAGAAGAUGAUUCUGAAAAUGAUUCUGAAAAUGAUUCUGGUAAUGAUACUGACGGUUCCUUCACAAAUUUUGACGAAGAAGAGAAGAAGGAUCUGACGACGGAACAAGAGCGUGGAUUGAAUGCAGCUAAAAAAGAAUCGCUACGUCUUCAAUUUGAAAUGGAAGAAGGGGAGAACUUCAAAGAAGAUGAUCCAGAAAAUGAAUAUGACACUUGGUAUGAGCUUCAGAAGGCAAAAAUUGCCAAGCAAUUGGAAAUAAAUAACGCUGAAUUGGAAUCUAUGACUUCUGAGCAAAGGCAAAAAAUAGAGGGAUAUCGGGCCGGAUCUUACGUGAGAAUUGUAUUUGAUAGAUUACCAAUGGAAUUUGUUGAAAACUUCAAUCCUAAGUUCCCUGUUAUCAUGGGUGGUCUAUUACCGACAGAGCUAAAAUUCGGCAUUAUCAAUGCAAGAAUAAGAAGACAUCGUUGGCACAAAAAGAUUCUGAAAACCAAUGAUCCUCUAGUACUGUCCUUGGGUUGGAGAAGAUUCCAAACGUUGCCAAUCUACACGACUUCUGAUUCGAGAACACGUAAUAGGAUGUUGAAGUAUACGCCAGAGCAUGCCUACUGUACAGCGAGUUUUUAUGGGCCACUCUGCUCACCUAAUACUACCUUUUGUGGUAUACAAAUUGUUGCUAAUAGUGAUACAACUGGAAGUUUUCGAAUUGCUGCCACUGGUAUUGUACAAGAAAUUGAUGCUACUGUUGAGAUUGUGAAGAAGUUAAAACUGGUUGGUUAUCCAUACAAAAUUUUCAGAAACACCGCCUUUAUCAAGGAUAUGUUCUCCAGUGCCAUGGAAGUCGCGAGAUUCGAGGGUGCCCAAAUUAAAACAGUGUCCGGUAUCCGUGGUGAAAUUAAGAGAGCAUUGUCCAAACCAGAAGGCCAUUUCAGGGCUACCUUUGAAGAUAAGAUUCUUUUGAGUGACGUUGUCAUUUUGAGAAGUUGGUACCCUGUGCAUAUUAAAAAAUUCUAUAAUCCAGUAACAUCACUGUUGUUGGAAAACAAAACCGAAUGGAAAGGUUUGAGGUUAACAGGGCAGAUUAGGGCCGCAAUGGGAAUUGAAACACCUUCUAAUCCAGACAGCGCAUACAAAAAAAUUGAGCGUUCAGAAAGGCACUUCAACGGCCUGAAAGUACCAACAUCCAUUCAAAAAGAUCUUCCAUUCAAAUCUCAACUUCAUCAAAUGAAACCUCAAAAGAAGGCCACAUACAUGGCCAAGAGAGCAGUUGUCCUAGGAGGUGAUGAAAAGAAAGCACGCACUUUCAUGCAAAAGGUAUUUACUAUUUCUCAUGCGAAGGAUGAAAAGCGUAAGGCAAAGAAGCAGGACGAGAGGAAGCAAAGAUUGAAGAAGUUGGCUAAAUUGGAAGAGACAAAACUCGAAAAGGAGAAGCAGCGUAAAAAAGAUUUCUUUUCGAAAAAUGGUAGCAAGAGACAAUUUCAAAGUAAUGAUGGAGAUUCUAGCUCUAAAAGAAGAAAAUAA